AUGGAGACGGUCGAACUACACAUUCCCGCCUCGCCAUGGACGCUCGCCCUUCCCCUCGGUGCAGACACUCGCACCUACCUCUACCUCAUACUCUGCCUCGCCCUUUCCAUCCUCGCCUGCAGCCACCUCCUCCGCAAGCCCACCUCCUCCCGCCCUGUCCUCAACCCCUCAGGCUUCGAAAUCAUCGGCCUGCAGCGCCGCAUAGACUUCAACAACACCGCCGGCGGACUGAUCACUCAAGGUCGAGAGAAGUUCCCUGGGAAACCAUACCACCUGAUCACCGACACGUGCGAUCUCCUCGUCCUGCCACCGACGUUCGCCGAGGGGAUACGGAAUAAUCCAGACUUGGACUUGACCUCAACGGUCGAGGAGGAUUUUCAUGCGUACGUGCCGGGGUUCGAGGCGUUCAGAGGUGGAAGAGAGGAUGAGAUUACGAAUAUGAUCACGGAGCCUUUGUCGAGGGAAACGGACUUUGCAUUGAAACAAAGGUUUGGAGUUUCUAAUGAUUGGAAGGAGUAUAAAGUCUACGAAGAGAUCCUCGACGUUGUUGCCAGGAUCUCCACCAGAGUCUUCUUGGGACCCGAGCUCUGCCGCAACGAAGAGUGGCUGCGGAUCACGAAGAACUACACCGUCGACUCUUUCAUCGCGGCUUUCGUGCUUCGCAUCUUCCCGAGAAGUCUGCGAAGUCUCGUCCACUGGUUUCUGCCGCAGUGCCGCUCGAUUCGACAGCAGCUCGCGGACGCAAGGAAACUCAUCCUCCCUGCCGUGCAAGCGCGCAGGAAGCUGCGAGCAAGUGUCCAGGCAGAGGGGAAGGUGGUGCCAGACUUCAACGAUGCAAUCGACUGGCUCGAUCAGGAAGCCAAGGGAGACCCUUAUGAUGUAGUGUCGUGCCAGCUCGGGAUGUCGAUGGCGGCGAUUCACACUACGACUGACCUACUGACUGAGACCAUGCAGAACCUCGCGAUGCACCCAGAAUUGGUCGAGGAGCUCCGCAGAGAGAUCGUCGAGGUGUUGAGCGCAGGCGGCUGGAAGAAGACGUCGCUUUACAACCUGAAGCUCAUGGAUAGCGUCCUCAAAGAGUCCCAGCGAGUUAGGCCAGCUGGAACCCUGGUGAUGCAGAGGAAAGCCACACGCACUACCAAACUCCCCGACGGCUCCACCCUCGCAAAGGGACAGCGCUGCGCCGUAGACUCCUUCGGCCCGUCGGGCAUGGCGUCGAGCGAAGUGUAUGACAAUCCCUCCGCAUUCGACCCGCAUCGUUUCGAGCGCAUGCGCGGACAGCCCGGCCUCGACUCCAAGGCGCACCUCGUGGCCACCGGCCCGGCACAUCUGGGCUUCGGACACGGCCAGCAUUCCUGCCCGGGGCGCUUCUUCGCGUCGAACGAGCUCAAGGUUGCGCUGUGCCAUCUGCUCAUCGAUUAUGAGUGGAGGUUCGCGGACGGGUACACGCCAAAGCGGAUGGAGAAUGGCUUUAUGCUUGGGACGGAUCCGGAGGCUAGGAUUUUGCUGAGGCGGCGAAGUCAGCCUGAGGUGGAGUUGUUGGGGCUAUGAUUGGGAAGAUUCUCAUUGUGUGUCGAC